AUGGGCCUCCGGGCCCUCACCCCCGCCUUGCGGCAAGUGCAGUGGCCGCACAAGUUCAGGCCAGAGAUGCCGCCUCACUAUGACGGCGUGGCGUAUCCAUCGGCCUUCCUGCUGGCGUACAAGGAGGCCGUCCUAGAAGCUGGAGGCGACGACAAGGCUAUGGUUGGGCAGAAUGGAAAUCAGAAUGGCCAUCACUCCAAGCUCUCAGAUUUUCAAAGGACUAAGCCACCCAGUUUUAAUCAAGUUGCUGACCCUCUGGAAGCCGACGACUGGUUAAGGACAAUUGUAAAGAAAUUGGACAUUGCUCAUACUAAAGAAGGUGAUAAGGUUCCAUUUGCGACUCACUAUCUGGAAGGAGCCGCAGCUAUUUGGUGGGACAAUACUAAAGCUAUGUGGCCAGCAGAUGAAGAAGUCACAUGGGAUAAGUUUAAGGAUCAGUUCCGCAAAUAUCACAUCCCUACAUGUAUCAUGAAAGUCAAGCAGCGUGAGUUCCUAUCCCUCACGCAAGGAAACCUAUCUGUCACUGAGUAUUUGAACAAGUUCAAUCAUUUGGCCCGCUAUUCCAUGUAUGAUGUGGCCAUCGAAGAGAGAAAAAUCGACAGAUUCCUUGGAGGACUGAAUCAACACCUCAGAUGCACUCUCAGUAUGCUUGAUUUUCCGGAUUUCCAGACUCUGGUAAAUAAAGCCCUGAUUGCAGAAAGGGAGCACAAGCUUAUUCAGGACAGUAGGCCCGUUUAUGAUGACCGCAAGCGGAAGUUUGAGCCUAAGAAGGAAGGAACCAUAUUCUAG